ACUAUCAAUGCACCAGAUGAACAAUCCAUCAUGACAUAUGUGUCUCAGUUCCUGGAGCACUUUCCUGGCAUAGAGGAGCCGGAGGAGCGCUGCCAGCCGAUUGAACGAAGCGUCUCCAUGGGCCGACUCAACUUCCGUGACAGUGACACCAACCACAUAAGGAAUUGUGCGUACCGAAGCAGAGUGAAGGAGAGGUCCUACAUGUUCCAGAAGAUCUCUGCCCAAGCCCCACCCAAAAUCUUAAUUUCCUCUGUGUCAGAGGACAGGAGCGCCAUGUCACCCCCCUUCAGACCGCCUACAGCUCGCUCGUGGUCGGUUGAAGACAUCUUAGCAGAUUCCCCCCACACAGAAGACAUCUCAAGCAGUGUGGUUGAAGAUCCCAAUGAAUCCACCAGUGAGGUCAACACAACUUGUAACUCCCCACAACCGCCUUACAGUCACUCUCCCACAGGCUCAUCGGUGCCCGAGUCCAUAAACACAGAGUCAGUUAUUGGCGACUCUGCAAUCGGCUCGCCAGACUCCUGGAUGGAGAGCGAGUUCGGGGUGAUGCCAGAGAAGUUUUGUGAAAGCCAAAGCGAGAGUUCUUUGUGUGACAGUGGAACAGCCUGGGAUGUGUACCGUGCCACCCCUGUGGAGAUCACUAAUCUAGAUGAAGGAUUUGUCCCUUCCAUGGAGGAUAGAGCGUCUGAUGAGCAGUCGAAUACUGAGUCCUACAUCGAUGAAGGGAUUUACUCACUGAGCUCGUUGGAGAGCACCAAUGAAAGAAUUCAUGGGCAUUCUGAGAAAAAGCAAGAUGAAGUUGUCAAAGUGAAAAAGGCAAACCUUGAGAAUAACAACCAGGAAAUGGUAAUAGAACAAGAACCUGAUCUUACGAAAGAAGUAGACUCUAUGGACAUGGAUACAAGUCAGAGCAGAGAGCAAGAACCUUCUUUUAGACUGUGUGAGGCAGAAGAACGGAUUAAUUCUGGUGUUGAACAUCUCCUAGAAACUGAUCAAUCUAAUCAGUCACAACUCAAGCAAACCCUUGUUGAAGAGAGCGCUCAUGGAGACCCGGAAUACUUAGAGAAAGCUGUGGACGUUAAUGGGAAUGCCAAUGAACAUGAAGAACAAAUCAAGUAUGCAACUGCAAGUCAGAAUGAGAGAAAUAACUCUGACGAAUUUGAAGGGGAAACUGAAUGUCAGAAAAAAGAUAGUCCAGAAGAGACAAGAGGAGAGCCAACCGAGGAGGCUGUUGUUUAUAAGGAAAGGGGUGUAGGAAAACAAGAAGAAAGUGAAGGAGUUCUAAGAGAGUACCCAGGUCCUCAAGAAAGCUUAAGCUCAGAGACUUUAGCAAACACACAUCCAUCCAACACAGAUGGAGUUUCAAAAACAAGUAUUGAGCCAAGCAGAGGCAUACAUAUUCCAUUGAUAUCUAUUUCCAGUGAGCCAGAAGAGCAGGAAGAAGAGGGGACAUGUGUGCCAGAAAGUAGUGAUCGUGUUGGGGAAGAUGAGGAACAUCAAGCAGAGGGAACUGACGGAGAGGUCAACAGCCCUGACAAUCCUCCUGAAUUGGAUUGUGAUUCCAAUGACAAUGUUGACAAAGACUCUGUUGGAAGUCCUUCCUGUCUGGUAUCAGAAAAUGUUGAACCAACAGAAUCAGAACAAAAAAGGGUCAUAGAAAGUUUGGAUCAACAUGACAUCAGCGGAUCAGUCAUAUGUGACAAUCAAACAGCCACAACACAACAAAACACUUUAGAUACGGGUAGUGUUUCCACAACCAUGGACCUAUUUUAUACAGACUUUGAUAGAAAUUCCCAUGCAGGGGAUUUAAUCUGUGACUCUAUCGAACCCAUGGAUCUGUUCUACCCAGACAAAGAGGAACACAUGUUUACAGAGCUGCCGGAUUUUGAAAUGCAGAGUUGGCCUUCUGUUUUGAGUGUAUCUGCUCUCCAGCCAGCCCCAGCUUCAGAGACUGAUCCUGACCAGCUACUGGACCUGCUGGGUGAAGACUACAGGGAGAGAAUGGAUUCCAUACUAGAGGAUGAUGAGGAGACCAACCAGGAGGCUGAGAAAGAAUCUGAAUCUAAUGAAGCCUGUGUGUUGCCCGGGGAGCCAAUGGGAGGACGGAGGGGUGCUGAUGUUCCUGCAGGCGGCAGAGAUCUCAGUGAGGCUGAGCAACAGAGCUCGGGCUCGGCCAGGGAAAACACAGAGCCUGUGAGGAGUGACAGUAGGAGCUCCAUCAGACAGGAUGAAAGCCAGAUCCCUCCAGUCCUCCGUCACAGAAAGGGGCCCCGCUUCACUGAGGCCAAGGACAAAGAGACAGCCAGGACUGCAGCGCCUGGAGCAGUGGACAACAGGGAAUCUUAUUUGUGGUAAGAACUUUGUCCUCCAUG